AUGGGAAGAGGAAAGAUUGAGAUCAAGAGGAUCGAGAACACUACGAAUCGUCAGGUUACUUUCUGCAAGAGAAGAAAUGGGCUGUUGAAGAAAGCCUAUGAAUUAUCUGUCCUUUGUGAUGCUGAAGUUUCCCUCAUCGUCUUCUCUAGCCGUGGCCGUCUCUAUGAGUACGCCAACAACAAUAUAAGAUCAACUAUAGAUAGGUACAAGAAGGUCAGUUCAGAUAGUUCAAAUACUGCCUCUAUCACAGAAAUCAAUGCCCAGUAUUAUCAACAAGAAUCAGCAAAGAUCCGUCAACAAAUUCAGUUGCUACAGAAUUCUAACAGGCACUUAAUGGGAGAAGCCGUGAGUAAUCUGUCGGUGAAGGAGCUAAAGCAGCUGGAGAAUAGGCUCGAAAGAGGCAUGACUAGAAUCAGGUCAAAGAAGCAUGAAUUGCUGCUAGCUGAAAUUGAGUAUAUGCAGAAAAGGGAGAUUGAGCUGGAAAAUGAAAGUGUCUGUCUUCGAACCAAGAUAGCGGAAGUUGAGAGGCUUCAACAAGCUAACAUGGUCACCGGAGAAGAGCUGAAUGCAAUCCAGGCAUUAGCAGCCUCUCGCAAUUUUUUUGCUCCUCAUUUUCUUGAGGGUGGAACUGCAUACCCGCACACGUAUAACAAGAAGAUUCUCCAUCUUGGGUAA